AUGUCAGAGCUCCAGAAAAGGGUUGCCACGUCGUCCAAGCGCCUUAGACUUCCCAUCACGCUUGUCAUCUGGCCUCGCAAAUCUUAUAAGACUGACGAACAGACCCGAUGCUUGGUCUUCGAACUUGGGACAUCAGCUUUGAAAAAGGAAACCUCUCGCUUGGUGAGCCUACCGCGGAAAGAGGUAUCGCAAAGUCCUGUCCGUGCCGUUGUCAUGGUUCGCUCAAACCACAGCCGACCCAUCCCGACCCAGAUCUGGGAGAAACACAAAUUCACCAUCUAUGCACUCUAUGCGAGGCUGCCUCUUGACCAAGUCAUGGCUGAAAUGCAACAGAAACAUGACUUCGCCGCCACUGCGCAACAGUACAAGCGACAACUGGGGAAAUGGGGCCUUCGCAAGAAUGUCUUGACUGAGUUGGAUGUCAUUGACGAUGAAUCCAUCGCACGUGGAGGCAAGGACUCCCAACGCCAGAUACGGCGCUUUCAGAAGAGGAAACAGCUCAAAACACAGAAGCCAGCGAACCCAAAACCGGCCACCCCACGCACCACCCGGUCAAGCUCGGCUCAGAAGCGAAGGCCUCUGUGA